AUGGGAUCGCUCGUCAAAGUCGCUGUGCUAGCGUGUAGCUUGGCCACGGGUGUUGUAUGUUCGCUGUUCAAUGAGCCGCGUGGCGAAGACCCGCCGUUUCCCAUGCCCCUCUGCAAGGGAAUCGACAUCGAAGACGCGACGAUCGGCACUCUUCAGCGCUGGAUGACUCUAGGAAAUCUCACAAGCCAGGACCUAGUAAGCUGCUAUGUAGCUCGUAUUGAGCAAACAAACGCAGUCCUUCGUUCGGUUAGCGAAGUUAACCCCGACGCCCCAGCCAUCGCCGCUAGCUUAGACGAUGAGCGAAAUGUCAAAGGGAUCAGGGGACCGUUGCAUGGCAUUCCAUUUAUGGUUAAAGAUAACAUCUACACCGACGACAAACACAACACGAGCGAAGGCGGUCUUGUUUUACUUGGUGGAAGAUAUUCAUCUGAAGCAACCAUCGUGACCAAGAUACGCCAAGCAGGUGGUGUUCUACUGGGGCACACCGCUCUCUCAGAGGCUGCUGACCAUCGGGCGCUCACAAACUUCUCUGAUGGCUAUUCAACUCGCGUAGGGCAGACAAGAAACCCCUUUAACCUUACUCAACCUACUUCCGGGAGUAGUGGUGGCUCUGCAGUCUCAGUAAGAAGCAACCAGGCGACGAUUGCCUUAGGAACCGAAACUCACGGGUCCUUGGUUCACCCUGCUGCGCUACUGGGGCUUUACACGAUCAAGACAACUCCUGGGCUGAUAUCCCGCCACGGUGUUGUCCCUGGAAGCUUCUACCACGACACGCCAGGACCUAUGGCUCGCUCGAUGCGCGAUGUUGCAGUUCUGCUCGAUAUCAUGGCCGGACCCGAUCGUUUCGACAAUCUAACAUUCGACGCUCUUGGGAAUUAUCCCAAAAACGGAUAUGCCGCUGAGGUCACGGAUCAGAGUUCUCUUCAAGGGAUGAAACUCGGUCUCCCUUGGAAUCCAUAUUGGUCCACGAUUGGUGGCAUAAACUCGCCGGGCCAGCGCGAGGCAUAUGAAAGCCGUGUCCACGAGUUGAGAGCUGCUGGAGCCGAGAUCUAUAACAUCACUGACAUUGCUCACAUUGAGAACGUGGCAAACAAGUACGGCUUUGGUCAGCCGGCUGAGGUUCCUGAGGAAUAUGGUCAGCUCAUUGCCUACAACACCCUUCUUGCCGUGGCAUAUGGCGAAUUUCUCCGAAAUUGGACCUUUCCCGAAUCAGACGAGCGACAUGGAAUGAGCAGUCUCGCGGAAAUGGCAGCGUGGAAUGAUGCACACAACGACACUACUGGCGCCCUUGGCAACAGUACCUGGUGGUACAACACGGUUUCGGGGCAAGACUUCUACGACAACGCCAUCGCAACGAAUGGAACCAUGGGCGACGAGUUCUGGAAAGCCUUCGGGUGGGGCAGAAGGACCGCUCGCGAGGUCAUUGAUGGCGGACAUGCGUACACGCUCGAGAACGGCACUGUGAUUGAACUUGACGGCUUGCUGGUGCCGAAUGAUCCAUCUGGUGGCCAUGAUAAUGCUUGUGCCUCGAUCCCCUCGUAUGCUGGAUAUCCCGUUGCGUCGGUGCCGAUCGGUCAGAGCGGAUACGGCGCAGCCUUCGGUAUUUGUGUCUAUGGCCGGCAAUAUUCUGAGGCGCGAUUAAUCCGGGUUGCGUCAGCGAUUGAAGACUUGUUUCGCUGGACUUCGACGCCGCAGUUCCACAACUAUGAGAUUGCUGAAGGGCCGUGGGAUGCGCCGUGGCCGGGGUAUCCCCGGAUGAAGUCCCUCUUUACGCAAGCCGCCAUCGCGGCUUGCCUUCCUCUUCUGGCGGCUGCCGCUUACAAGGAUGCGUUCGUGGUUGAAUUUGACGGAUCAACUCAGUUGACCGCCGACAACUUGAACAACCAAGUCCAGACUUCACUCGCUACUUCUGGCCUAGAUUGUACCGCGUCAAAACGAUACUACUUCACUCACUCCGUAUUCCAGGGGGCCUCCUUCAACCUAGAAUGCAAUAGCGACAAAGUCGCCCAAAAGUCUGUUCUUGCGACUGUUCAGGGUAUCGAUGGAGUUAAGAAGGCUUGGCCGGUCAUCAAUGUCCAGCCAACUCUCUACAACGACAGACGCAUCCACCGUGAUUUUGGAACGUACAUCAAGCGCGGCCUGCCACAACUCCAUGCCAGAGACGGAGCAGGCGACACUUUAUCCACACACGUUGAUACUGGCGUCGCCAAGCUUCACGCAGCCAACUUUACCGGCAAAGGCGUGCGCAUUGCUGUCAUUGACAGUGGCUUCGACGUAGACGUCCCGGGCCUCAGCAAGGUGGACGUUGGUUAUGCGCAUGACUUGACAGACAACGAUAAUGACGUCCGUGACAAUUGCUCUUUUCACGGCACUCACGUUCUGGGUGUCAUUGCUGCCAAGGGGGACGAAGCUCGCUACGGUGUUCUCGGCGUGGCACCUGAUGCAACCUACGAGCUUUAUCGCAUUCAGCCUUGCAACGGAGGCAGCACUAACGAUAUGUUGAUCAACUCUUUUCUGGAGGCUGCUGAUCGGGGUGUUGAUGCUAUUUCUUGCUCUUUUGGUGGCGGUCAAGCCUUCCCUGAAGAUCCCUGGUCUGCUGUAGCUACGCGCCUCUUUAAGAACGGCACAUAUGUCUCACUUCCAAGCGGCAACGGAGGCCCUGGGGUCUUUUCAGGCGUCAGCCCCGGCAUGGCAGAUGCUAUCACAUCCGUCGGCUCCACGGACAAUACCGUCACCCCAUACCUCACCUGGCAAGGCAACUGGACCUCUGGUACCGAUGGUGGAGAGAUCCGAUUCGUCCCUGGUCUGCCAUAUGAUCUUCCUGCGAACAACCAGUUGACCAUCUGGUCCCCUAACAAGGAAGUUGAUGCCUCUACUGACUGUCAGCCACUUCCGAGUCCGACAGACCUGCCGACUGAUCUUUCAAAUACUGUCAUUCUCGCCUCGCUUUCGCAAUGCUGGACAGAUGCCAGUGGUGCGGAUGCUUCCAUUACGAAGGCCUUGGGAAUUCCCUACAUUAUCUACUACGCCACAAAGAACUGGACUGUUGCAGACGGUCCCGGAUUCUACGAAGACAGCUCGGAUCCCAAUCUCAAGGGCAUUGCUACAGUAGAAUAUGACGUUGGAGUCAAGCUACUAAACGCGUUCCAAAAAAGCCCUGCCUCGAAGGUCUAUCUCGCCAACGAGGCUUCGAUUGCCAAUAUUCAGCUGGAGAACAGGGCCAACAAUCUCACGGGUGACUUUGCUUCGAGUUUCUCCAGUUGGGGCCCGACCCUUACUGGAGGCGCUAUGCCCCUCGUCCUUGCCCCUGGCGGCAACCUCAUCAGCACAUUUCCUAGCAAGUACGGAGGCUACGGCGUCGUGAGUGGUACCAGUCAGUCUGUUCCAUUCGAGGCCGGCGUUGCCGGACUCGUGAGGCAGAACCAUCCCGACUACACUCCCGAAGAGAUCCAGGCUGUGAUUGCCACCACCGCUCGUCCGGUCAAGUGGAACGACGGCAAGGGCGCGGUCUCAGACUUCUUGGCUCCCGUCUUCCAACAGGGAGGUGGUUUCUUAGAUGCGUGGAACGCAGUACAUUCCACAACAGUGCUCAGCACCGGUGCGCUCUCCUUCAACGACACGGCCAACCGCCCCAAAGAACUCAGCUUCAGCAUCAAGAACACGGGAACCAAGGCCAUUACGUACCACCUGAGCCACGUCGGUGCAGCAUCCGGCUACAUUCUCAAGCAAGCCAAUGGCUACAACUUCACUAAAGGCGAGGCCACUGCAGUUUACGCCGACGUCAGGGUCACCCCAGCGACCAUCAAGGUUGAGCCUGGUAAAUCAUCUACUGUCUCCGUUGCACUCACCAAAGAGCCGAGCCUUCCUGAAGCCGCGACACGUGUAUCCUUCUUCGGCGGCUAUGUGGCCAUUGAGGCAGAGGGUUCAGCCGACGUCAACAACUUGACCCUGCCCUACACCGGCUUCGGCGCUCCUCUUGCAACACUCCCCAUCAUCAAGCGGAAUACAUCAUAUCUCAUGAUGUGGAACAUGACGUCUUCAUCGCCGGUGCGCAUGGAAGAGGGCCGCGUCUUUACUUGCACCCUGGACACCAGCAAAGACGUCCCCGCAUCUUUCGCCGACAACAUGUUUCCCGGAGUCUGGAUCGCGCUCUUCGUUCAAACACGGAACCUGAGCAUCUACAUCGUGGAUGCCGAUUCCGGAAAGGAAGUUGCCAAGUCGUGGCAGACAACAUCAGAUGCUGUUUGGGGCCGUGCAAGCAACUGGUACUGGGAUGGUUCUGAUGCGAAUAAGACGUUCAUCCCGGCUGGAAGCUACAUCUGGCGGGUGAAGGCGCAGAAGUUGAACGCAGACCCGUCUAAGGAGGAAAGCUUUGACGUGUAUGAGACAGGGAAGUGGGUGUUGGAGUACUCUAACAGCACUGUGGGGUCCAAUGCGACUUCGCAAUCGUGA